GUUUAAUUCAGAUAAAAAGAAAACAUUUGAAAUUCUGAACACAUAUGCAUUGUUGAUAUUUGAAUCCAGAUGUGAAAAAAAAAGUGAGAACUGAUGCAAUCUGGUUAAUUUCAGUAUUUGUUAAUUUCUUUGGAAAUAAGAAGUUUAUGGAAAUUCUGAACAAACAUACUUCAACAGAAUCCAACUCAUGAAUAUUGUAUAUCCAAAUCAGUUUCUUUUCCUAUCUCAUUACUUCAUUAAGAAAAAAAUGGCUUUGACUACAGUAAAUGCAGUGGUUUCACGUUAUAGAACAGCUGAGAAAUACGAAGUUGGUGUACCACAAAGAUUUUCACAACCUCGUAUUCAUAUAAGGAAGAGGCAUACUAGACAUAAAAGUGAGGAUAUUAGUAGGGCAAUGUAUCUACCAAUUGCAGGUGAAAAUUGUAGUAAACAUAUCAACGACGAUAACUAUAUAACACAACCGAUCAAGGAAGAAACAGACAGAGAAAAAAGAAAAAAUUUUAUUCGAUCCCUAUUGUCAAAAUUCAUUCCUUGUUGUAGAUGAGAACAGCUAGGAUCAGUAUAUGGUAAUGAGUGUAAUUGGAAAAUGAUACAAAAGGUUCCAGGCAGGUGCUGACUUUUCCAUAACUUCCAAAGAUUUUACAGCUCAAUUUGAUUUGUGAUAUUUUAUUCUUCUAAAAACGUGACAAGUUUACUGUAAUGUAACUAUUGUAGGAAAUUUGUUGGUACGAAUUUAGUGUUAAAUAAUUUAUAUGUACAUAUUUACACAUAUUUAUUCUAUAUCAAUAUGACUCGAAAUAAAUUUUUUUACAUUGAA